AUGUUAUAAGUUUAUUUAGUUAGAUAUGAUUGUUUAAAAAUACAAUAACUCAUACCAAGUAGAAUAUUUUGUGUUAUCUUUUACACUAUUUGCAUUAUAGAUCUUUUACUACUUUUAUUUUCUUGCUCAUUUUUUAUUAUUCCAUAUUAGUAACAAGAAUUUGAAUAAUAAUACAUAAUUGAAAAAGUAUAUUUUGUGUCUUAAUUCACAUUAGGAAACUUCAGAUUGGGAACUUGAUUUAAAUUAAUAAGAUUUUAAAAAGUUCAAUAUUGAAGGUUAAUUGAAUUAAGAAAAAUUUAGAUUUAAUUAAGUUCACUAAGAUCCAUAUUUGCUUUUAAAUUAUACAACUCUUUUUUAGAAAACAGGUUUUCAUGAAUAUUUUGGAUACAUUAAUUAUUAAAUAGCUAAACUUACAAAUUCAAAGAAUAUAUGUCUUUAACUAAUUUAGUAUAAUUAAAAAUUCAAAUCAUAAAUGAUCUAAAAAUUACCAUAAUGUAAUAAUAGUUUUGGAGUACCCAUAAUACCAUGGUUUUGGAAAGGUGAAUCAAUAUAAUAUUUAGUUGAAAUUUGUCUAAAGGUUUCAAUUGAAGAUAAUUAAUUAUAAUAUUAAGGUGGAUGUUAUAAAAAUGGAUUUAUUUAUAAAGAAUUGGAAGAAGAUAAUUUAUAAACAUUUGAGAAUUUAUCUAUUUAUAUUAGACAUGUAAAUGAUCCAUAUAUAAGUGGAGUGGAAUAUUCACAUAAUUAUUCUAAACCAAAAUAAGAUAAUCAUAAUCAAUUUCCAAAAUUUAUAUAUUAUUGUUUUUUAUUUGGAUGUGCUGGAAUAAUAUAUAUAAUAUUUAUAUAUUUAAUAUUGACUUUAAAAAGGAAUAGUGAGAAGACACAAUUUGUAUGA